UUUCGAAAAAGUAGGAAACUCUGCCAUUGUGCAACGCGAAAACGGGAGUAAAUACAUUUUAUAACUGCAUUUAGUGGCAAAAAGCGGCGAAAAUAAUGACGGUAAACAAGCGCGACGCGAGUACAACGCGACCGCGGUGUUUCUUCGACAUUUCGCUGGGCGGAUUGGGCGUGGGGCGCAUUGUUUUUGAGCUCUACGGCGAUGUGGCGCCGAAAACGGUGGAGAACUUCCGGGCACUGUGCACGGGCGAAAAGGGACUGGGAUUGACCACCGGCAAGAAGCUCCACUACAAGGGGGUCAUUUUCCACCGGGUGGUCAAGGACUUCAUGGUCCAGGCGGGCGACUUUUCCGCAGGAAACGGAACCGGCGGCGAGUCGAUUUACGGCGGCACUUUCGAGGAUGAAUGCUUCGAAAAGAAGCACGAUCGCCCGUUCCUAUUGUCAAUGGCCAACCGGGGAAAGAACACCAAUGGCUCGCAGUUUUUUAUUACAACACAGCCUGCGCCACAUUUGGACAAUAUCCAUGUUGUAUUCGGUCAAGUUAUUUCCGGCCAGGAACUGGUGCGACAAUUGGAGGAUCUGCCCAUUGAUCGGAACUCCCGCCCGCUGCAGGAUGCCGCCAUCGCCAACUGUGGCGAACUCGUCAGACAGACAAAGGCCAAAAAAGAGAAGAAGCGCAAGAGGCGAUCCACGGCAACGGAUGAGUCAAACAGCGAGGAAAGUGAGGAGGAGGUGAAGGCCGAGCGCAAGGACAAAAAGAAGAAGCGCAACCGCAAGGAGACCAAGUCGAGCGAUAGCGAAGACAAUGACACAGCGCGUGGCAAUGGAAGGCACGAACAGAAUCCACCGGAAGAUGACGAGGAGCGCGAGGAGGGCGAACUCCAUCCGCUAGUCACAAUCACUAAGAUAGAUCCUAACGAGAUACCAGAGGUAUCGAACAAAUUCCUAAUGCGCGGUGAGAGAUCCAGGUCUCGGGAUCGCGAGGAUCGUGGCGGUCGAGAUCGCGAUCGAGGCAGAGAUCAGGACCGAGACCGCAAUCGCAACAACUUUGGUUGGUCCAAGAAACAGGCACCGCCAACAUCGCGUAGCGGACGCAAUGUCAAAGGUCGUGGAGUGUUUCGUUUUCGUACUCCGUCGCGCAGUCGAUCGCGAAGCACGACUCCUCCGCACUGGAAACACGCCCAGAAACGCACCAUCAAGCUGUCCGAUCUGGAGCGCCUCGAGGAGGAGAACAAGCUGCGCGAGGAGGAGGUGAAGCGGCGUGAACACGAGCGAAAGCGCCGCCACGAGGAGGCCUCCAAGAAUCCCAAGCAGUCGUUCUUCGAGCUCUCCCAUGCCAGCACCUAUGGCGGCAAGGUGACGCCGGAAAAGUCAUCUCCAGAACAUAAAUCAAAGCCCAAGGAGACAUCAGAACGCGGCAAGCCCAAGGAUAAGGAGAAGGAGAAGCCCAGCGAGAAGGAAAAGUCGAAGGAAGUGACUCCCUUCAAGCGUCGCAAGUCGAUGGAUAUGAACGCCUUGGAUUACGAGCAGCAAACAGAAUCCGAAGCAGAGUCAGAGGACGCGGAGCGGGAGCAGUUGAAGGGGAAACCAACGAGCAAGCAGGAUACCAAGGUGGAGCCAUCGACCAGCAAGGAUCGCAAUUCGAAGCGUGAGGAUCGAAAGCCUGAGGAGAAACCCAAGGCCAAGCGCAGCCGCUCCCGAAGUCCUCGCCGCCAGUCCCCUCCUCGUCGCCAGCAGCGAUCGCCCGCCAGGCGCCCUGGCCAGAAUCCCAACCAGAAUCAGAAUCAAAAUCAGAAUAACCGCGGCAAUCGCCGCAAUCCGUUUGCCGACAGAGAUCGACGCCGUCGUUCGCGCUCACAGGAAAAUCGCAAUCGAUUCCCCAUGUCGCCGGUCAGGGGAAGGAACUCUCCCAGCGGAGAUCGCCGCCGUCAGCAGCGUUCUCGUAGCCAGGGACGCAGGCAGGAUUCGCCCAGCCAAAGACGGCAGGAGUCGCAGAACAAGAAGCGACAGGACUCCCCGAUCCGCAAGCGCCGUGAUUCGCCAGAAAGAAAGCGGGAGGCUUCUCCGAACAAAAAACGAGACAAUUCUCCGGGAAGGAAGCCUGAGGAAUCCCCUCGCAGGGAUCGCAAGGAUUCGGCAAACAAAAAGCGAGAGGAAUCGCCGGGCAAAAAACGAGAGGACUCUGCCAACAGAAAGCCAAAGGAUUCCGACAGAAAGCGGGAGGACUCUCUUAGCAAAAGACAAGAUUCGCCGGGCAGAAAGCGGCAGGAGUCAGCGGACAAAAAGCGGCAGGACUCUCCAGUGAAAAAACAGGAUUCGCCUGGCAAAAAGCAACAGGAAUCCACAGACAAAAAGCAGCAGGAUUCCUCAGUCAAAAGACACGAUUCACCAGGACGGAGGCGCAAGGAUUCGCCUGACAGAAAGCGCAAGGAUUCCCCAGAUAGGAGGCGCAAGGAUUCGCCGGCCAGGAGACGCCAAGAUUCCUCCGGCAGAAGGCGACAGGAUUCGGCGGGCAGGAGGCGCCGCGAAUCCCCAGGAAACAGACGCAGCCGCGGUCGUCGGCACAGCUCCUCGCGCAGUCGCAGUGCCUCGAACAGUCGCUCCCGUCGCCGCCGCUCGCGCAGUCCGCUGCCGAAGCUCACAUCUGCACUGCCCAUGGACGAGGACCGCGAGAAGUCGGCCAGGGAGAAGAUGCAGAAGCGCGUGGAGGCCGCGCUGCUGAUGAAGGAGCACAUGCGCAAGGAGAUCGCCAAGGAGGAGGAGCGCCGCCUGGAGAAGCAGCGCCAGGACGACAUGGAGAAGGAGCGCACCACCCGCGAGCUCAACGAGCUGGAGCGCCUCAAGGCGGAGACCCUCCGGAAGCUGGAGGACGAGGAGGGAGCGGCUUCCGCUCCGGCGGAUGCCGACAAAGCAGCCGCCGCGGGUAGCGAGGCCAAACCAGAUGCCACCGCCAGUCGGAGCAAGCGCGAGUCCAGCGAGGAUCGACAUCGCGACAAGAAGCGCAAGCACAAGAAGUCCAAGAAGUCCUCGGCGCGCUCCGAGUCCGAGUAACCAAACAAACUAAUCGUAGACAGUAGUUGAACCACAAACAGCGGCAAACCAAGUUUUUGUUCCUCCAACUUCAGACUUUUACACGAAAUAGCAAUUGUAAAAAAACGCCCGACCCAAGUUUUUGUAUGAGUCCGUUCAAUAAAGGAAACUUCACUGUAAA